AUGCUUAAGCACAUCUUGUUAGCCACUGCAGCGAUUUUCCUAGCCUGCGAUGCUGUCGCUGGAGAGUCCUGUAACAGUACAACACCGAUUGUCGUCCAUCCCACUCCUCCCGGCGUGACUAAAUAUGACUCGUUCGCGGUUCAAGUACGCUCAACUGCUCAUACAAAGCAAGAGUAUACUAUGCAACCGUUUCUUGUCCAAGUAGGCGAGGCCAAUACCACCAGCGGCGCCAGUAUCGUGCACAACACUUCCGUCGCAUAUUUUGAUUUUUGUGGCCCCGUCGAGGUGUCCGUCAAUUACCACAAUGGCCCUAUACAUUCAGCCGUCGUCCGUCCGCAUUCAUAUAACAUCGUUCCAAAGGUGCACGGGGACGUCAUCACUUUCACUCUUGAUUCUCCAAAGAACGUGGUUAUCCAGGUCAACGAUAAUAUAUGGGACGUGCUCCACCUUCUCACCAAUCCCAUUGAGACUGAUGUGCCUCAGCCAUCUGAUCCGGGUGUCAUCUACUUCCACCCUGGUAUCAACAAUAGCACAGCAGCCGGGACGAACAAAUCACUACUCGUCCCGCCCGGUAAAACUGUCUAUCUCGCUCCUGGAGCCACCGUCACGCUUCCACUAGGGUUCCACAAUAUCUCCGACGCCGGCGUCCGCGGCCGAGGACUGUUGCUCAAAGCACCUAUCACAAUCGAGUAUUCGUCUCGCAUUACAGUCCGCGACUUAGUCAUCGUCAAUACGAACAUCGGCAUCGCAGUCUCAUCAGAUGUGACGGUGCGCGGGAUUCGGUCCUUCUCCAUCGGCGCAUGGGGCGACGGAUUGGAUAGCUACUGCAGCCGCAACGUGCUCGUGGACAGCGUGUUUAUGCGCAACUCGGACGACAAUAUUGCAUUCUACCAGCACCGGAACAACUGGUCGGGAGACUCAAGCAACCUCACCAUCCAGAAUGCCGUGCUCUGGGCCGACUAUGCCCAUCCCAUCAAUAUCGGAACACACGGUAAUACACCCAACCCGGAGACGAUGGACGGCGUCACGAUCAGGAACAUCGAUGUCCUCGACCAUCGUGAGCCGCAGAUGUGGUACCAGGGAUGUCUGGCUAUCAACGCCGGGGACGACAACCUCAUCCAGAACGUGGUGGUAGAUGGGAUGCGCGUCGAGAACUUCCGCGAGGGCCAGCUGGUCAACCUGCGCAUCAUGUAUAACUCCAAGUACAAUACGUCACCGGGAAGGGGAAUUCGCAAUGUGUAUAUCAAGGGACUGCAAUACAACGGGACCAAUGCUAAUCCGUCACUGGUCCUGGGGUACGACGAACAACGUAACAUCACCAAUGUCACCUUUGAGGAUCUCGUGAUCAACGGCAAGAAGAUCUACGAUGGCAUGAAGAAACCGAGUUGGUACUACACAGCUGACUUUGUGCCAAUGUUUGCCAACGAGCAUGUCCAUAACCUGACGUUUACUGCGUCAUGA